CCAUUUGCUUCCCCCUCCUAAGAAAAAAACAGAGAGAAAAAAUAUAUACACUUCUCAUUUCAGUGAGUACUGAUGAAAGCCAACCAGAAAUACUUAUUAAAAAAAAAAAAAUUCAAGUAGCUACAACUCUAUGACAGAGCAAGGUAGAAGAGAACCCACCACUUUACACCUUCCAAUUAAACACCUCCCUAAGCAACCUCAGCCCCUUUAUGCCUCAUAUCAAUCCAUGUACUUUUCAGUGUCUAUAACUUAAAUAUAUAUAGGCUAUCAGUUCUACUUUGUUUCAAAAGUCCAUAUAUACUUUCAAUUCUUCCUCUUUUUUGCAAUUUGAGUUUUCCUUCAAAUUAAGCUUGGCUGGAGAGUAAAUCUGAGGUGGUGGUGGUAGUGUAAUGGAACAAGCAAGGUACUGGAUGUGGGCAAAGCGCAAGCACAACAGUUUGAGCUCAUCUCAGCAUGAUCAUCUUCAAGUGCCAAUUAGCAAUCCAUCAAACGAUGAUUCGUGGGAAGAACAAGCUUUCGCGGAAGAUGCGGCCGGGCCUCUUGGAGGGUGCAUAUGGCCUCCGAGAUCUUACUCUUGCAGCUUUUGCAGGAGAGAGUUCCGUUCAGCUCAAGCUCUAGGCGGCCACAUGAAUGUCCACAGGAGAGACAGGGCUAGACUAAAGCAGUCUCCAAAUGAUGAAACUGCCCUCCAAAAUCAUCAUCAUCCGGAUGAUCAUUCUGUCCAAAAUCAUAAUCCCUUCUCCUCUUCAUCUUUGGGUAGUUUUCAAUACCCAUCUCAUCAAGUUUGUGCCUUGGCUUACAACCCUAAUAACCCUAGUUCCGAUCCCGGUGCUACUAUUGCAUCCUCAUCACCAUCCUCAGGUUCUAGGGUUUCAGCUCAAUUACCAUGUAAAGAAAAUUGUGCUGACCAAACCCUGAAGAUCCUACCUUCUUCUUCUGCUUCUGUAUCUUUUCCUCAAUCUUGGUCAAUCUUGGGCACAAACAGAAAUAAUUAUGAUAAAUCUGUUGCAAGGAAUAUUAUUGAAGCAGAGAAGAUUUCAGGAGCUGUGGAAUCUGGGUGUAGGGCUAAGGGUGAUCACCAUGUCACAAGUACUACUGAUCUUCACAAUUUGUCUGUGAGUUUGAAUUUGGUUGUUCGCUGUGCUCGUCCAUCCGUCUCAGAUGAUGAGGAUGAAGCUAUAAUUAGUUGCAAGAGAAGAAGAACGGAAGACGUCCCGUCAUCGAUACCUUUCUUCCUAAAAUCAGGUUCUGUUGAUAAAGUACAUCAUCUCCAAUCAGAAGGGUUUGAACUUAGCUGCACCAGCUGCACCAGCUCUAUAGAGGACUUAGAUCUUGAGCUCAGGCUCGGUGACCGACCUAAGGUAAUUAAAGUUGAUAAAUAGCAGAGGCUCAUCAUCAACUGCUGAUCAUAUAUAGACAUAUUACUUUGACCUUUUGUUCACUGUUUGAUGAGUUCCUUCUUUAUUUGCACCUUUUUUUUUUUCCUCUUUCAUCUUGAGGCUCAAGGCUUCACUCUUCGCUUAAAUUGAUUUGAUCUAUUGGCUUUCUUGGAGUGCUUAUGCAUUUGUGUAAGGUGUAACAAAAACCAUAUGGGAAUCACAGAAAAGGAUGAAAUUAAGAUUCGUCUUUGUUGAUAAUCACAAUGCAUCUCAGCUUAUUAUUUUAA